AUGGUAAGUUUGAAUAUGAAAAUGACUGGAAUUGUGAUGUACUUUAUAUGUGGAGUCAUGAUCUCGUAAUAUAAUUAGGUUAUGAAUUACCAAUCAAACAUGACACCUUGAAACUUGCCUAUAUCUUCUAAUGUCUAAGAAGCCGUUAUUUUGUAUGAUUAUGUUUGGGGGGGAAAUUUUGAAAAAAUUCACACAGUGAAAGACAAUCAUCAGACAUGAUCCGAUUUGACACAUAUAGCCAACAUGAAAAUGCCAAUAAUAUUAUUUUAUUUGUGUUAGCCUACAAAAGUGAUCCUUUUAACAUAUGUAGAUAGAGUCUUCGUUAAUUUAUAGUAGUGCGCCACAGCUUCAGAGGCCUUCUAUUCCUUAUGUAGGGCGGCGCUUAUUCUUCCUACUCCUCUCCUCUCGCUCGAUGACCAUAGCUUGCUUUGUUACAUUGUUGCAUUGCGGAAAGUGGCACGCGGUCAACUUGAGCAGGGCGGUUUCAUUGUGGCAAUGCCGUCAUGGUCAAAUCAUAGCUGUAGUCUAGGCUACAGUGUAAAAUCGGAAAUCAUCUGUCACACAAUCAAGAUGAUUUAAUCAUGUGAUUUACACAAUCGCGCAUUUUAUAGGCUAACGCCGGUGAAAGUUCAAGGGAUGGGAAAUGUUAUGAGCAGUAGGAAUUUAAUCGAAUGCCUGGGCGGGCAGGUGUCUGAACAUUUUUGUCCAAAACCUGAAUAAACUGGGAAAGUCAAACCCCGUGGUAUUUUCCCAUGUUGUGUAGGGAAAGGAAAGUACGGGUUGCUGUAGCCUAUUUUAUGAUUCUUAACCGAUUAUAGGCCUGUAGUAAACCCCCUAUAGUUCAGAGACCUGUAUUACACAUUUUAUUUUGGAAGACGACAUUUCGUUUUGUUGGAAAGGGCAGGACACAAUGAAAUGGCAUAUUUGCCUCAAUCUGAAUCUCCAUUUGCGGCUUUUUUGAUAUUUCAAAAAAAAUUAUGCCGGCGGAAAAUAACUCACCCUUCAAAUUAGUGUUACAAUUGUGCCAUAUCAGGGAUUUUAUACUGCUACCUAUACAUCGCUAAUCUUUGACAUGAUGACUUUCAGACUACAGCUAUAAUCAUUCCCAUUGUCAAGAGCACCGAAUGGUGACCGCAUGUUAAAAACAUGACUUGCAGAGCAAGGACUGUGCCAUAGCCUGUAACACAGAUAUACAUUUACAUUUUAGUCAUUUAGCAGACGCUCUUAUCCAGAGCGACUUACAGGAGCAAUUAGGGUUAAGUGCCUUGCUUAAGGGCACAUCGACAGAUUUUUCACCUAGUCGGCUCGGGGAUUAGAACCAGCGACCUUUCGGUUACUGGCACAACGCUCUUACCCACUAAGCUACCUGCCAGAUAUAACACGUAAACCAUGAGUAAAUUCUUCCUCAUUGUAUGAUUAGGCCAAAUGUAUAUAUUUAAAUCCAUUAUUACAAAAUGUGUCAGGUAGUAGCCUAUGUUAUACACUAAUAAUAAACUCGUUUUAAUAAUGGUCUGGAAGUGUCUCCUUAAAUUUCAGUCUAAAUCUUGAUUCAAUUCAGAAGACCUGUUAUCCCUCAAGGCUAAACCCUUCAAUGAUUCAGGGCCAUGAGUAGGCUACUUUACUCCAACACCUGUUGCCUGCAGGUCAUGUUCUUGCUCUGUGGCACCAACACAGAGCAUGUCUUUAUCCCUCAUAGCUGCAUAUAAUCACUGAGUCAGGUGACCUGGGUAUGCUGGUAUUAGAGCCAAAGCUAUGCGUAACUUGAAAACAUACAGAUACACAUAGGCCCACACAGUCAAAAUGGCUCCCGCAUGACAAGGCUUUUCUCUUUUUAAUAACUGAAACUCUUCUGUAGGAAAGACUCCCAAUGUCUGAGCAACUCAAUUUGACAUGAUUGUACUUUCGCCCACAGCGUGAGUGUAUCUCCGUCCAUGUGGGCCAGGCUGGCGUCCAGAUCGGCAAUGCAUGCUGGGAGCUGUACUGUCUUGAGCAUGGGAUCCAGCCCGAUGGAAAGAUGCCCAGUGACAAGACCAUUGGAGGAGGAGAUGACUCCUUCAACACCUUCUUCAGUGAGACUGGAGCUGGCAAGCACGUCCCCAGGGCUGUGUUUGUGGAUCUGGAGCCCACUGUCAUUGGUAAGAUCAAUUUGUCUUGAAACAAUGACCUUCUGUUAACAUUGGUCUAUCUCAGCAGUCUUAAACCUUUUAUAAUGGAAUUCAGAAUUCUUAAACCUUUUCUUGCCCAGGGAACCCCACCCAGGCAAACCGGCGACCCAGGGACCCCAUCAAAUGUUAGCAAUUAAAAAAACGUUAACGUCUUGUCAUAAGAUGAAUGAUUAUGGCAAGGAGAAUUUUAAAAUGAAUAGAUUUGGUAGAUAGUUUUUUAUUAUUUUGACCUCCCCACAUUAUAACUGGAAGAGGAAGUGUAAACUAAACUCUAACAGUCUAUUAGCUAGAAAGGUAACUAACAUGUCUUUCUUUCUCCAGAUGAGGUGCGUUCUGGAACUUACCGCCAGCUCUUCCACCCUGAGCAGCUGAUCACUGGGAAGGAGGAUGCAGCCAACAACUAUGCCCGUGGGCAUUACACCAUCGGCAAAGAGAUCAUUGACUUGGUUCUGGACAGGAUCCGCAAACUGGUGAGAAUCUCCAAUGACCUUUUUAGUGGUCUUAUUGUACAUGGUACACCUGCAUACUUCUUGUCUUCAACAAUAGUGACCUAAAAUGUAAAACAUAUUCUCUCCUCCCUCUCUCUCCAGGCUGACCAAUGCACUGGCCUCCAGGGCUUCCUGGUCUUCCACAGCUUCGGAGGUGGCACCGGUUCUGGUUUCACCUCCCUGUUGAUGGAACGCCUGUCUGUUGACUACGGAAAGAAGUCCAAACUUGAGUUCUCCAUCUACCCAGCUCCUCAGGUGUCCACAGCUGUUGUUGAGCCCUACAAUGCCAUCCUGACCACCCACACCACCCUGGAGCACUCUGAUUGUGCUUUCAUGGUAGACAAUGAGGCCAUCUAUGACAUCUGCCGUAGGAACCUCGAUAUUGAGCGUCCUUCCUACACCAACCUGAACAGGUUGAUCAGUCAGAUUGUGUCCUCCAUCACUGCUUCCCUCCGAUUCGAUGGUGCCCUUAAUGUUGAUCUGACAGAGUUCCAGACCAACUUGGUGCCCUACCCCCGUAUCCACUUCCCCCUGGCCACCUAUGCCCCUGUGAUCUCAGCAGAGAAGGCUUACCAUGAGCAGCUGACUGUUUCAGAGAUCACAAAUGCCUGUUUUGAGCCAUGUAAUCAGAUGGUGAAAUGUGACCCACGUCACGGCAAGUACAUGGCCUGCUGUCUGCUGUAUCGUGGCGACGUUGUGCCCAAAGAUGUCAAUGCUGCCAUUGCCACCAUCAAAACAAAACGCUCCAUCCAGUUUGUAGACUGGUGUCCAACUGGUUUCAAGGUUGGUAUCAACUACCAGCCCCCAACUGUGGUACCUGGUGGAGAUCUGGCCAAGGUCCAGAGGGCAGUGUGCAUGCUUAGCAACACCACUGCAGUGGCAGAGGCCUGGGCCCGUCUUGACCACAAGUUUGACCUGAUGUACGCCAAGCGUGCUUUUGUGCACUGGUAUGUAGGUGAGGGUAUGGAGGAGGGAGAGUUCUCUGAGGCCAGGGAGGACAUGGCUGCCCUGGAGAAAGAUUAUGAGGAGGUAGGAGCAGAUAGCGUGGAGGGAGAGGACGAGGGAGAAGAAUACUAAGAAGUAUUAGGAUC